UGCCAAAUCCAACUUGUACAUGCGACUUGUGCCGACAAUAAGAAGUCGUAAUUCGGUUGAAAAUCUUAAUUUUCUGACGGUCGAAAGGCCGAUAAUUAGUGAUAUUGGUUUGCAAACAUUUAGUUUAAGCUCACUCACAGAUAUAUUCAAAAUGGGAAAAGGCUUGUUAUUUUUUGCCGGAGUUUCGAGGGUCCGGUUUUCAAAUGUUAUACUUCAGCAGCAAAAACGACACUUUGACAUGCAUAGCCAAACCGGUCCUACAAAAGAGGAAUUUGCAGCCGUAAAACAAGACCUUUUCGGAACAUUGUGUCGUGAAAACAUUCGCCUCCUUCAACAAUUUCCUUUGCCCGAAGUGACAAACUCUAAAGUGCAGGCCAAAAGAUCAGCACUUUUCACAAAAGAAAAGGAAAAACAAUUGCGAGAAGUGGGGAGAAUCCAAAAAAUAACGGUGGACUUUAAAAAUAUAGACAAAUUCCCGGAAUCUGCGUCGCUAAUCAUGAAUAAGAAAAUUUCGACACCCUAUCAGUGUGCUCAACAUUUGGGAGAACUAAUGACAGAAAGAAGCAUAGUUGCAGAAGUUGACGGUCAAGUAUGGGACAUGCAUCGCCCACUGGAAGACAAUUGCACCCUUAGACUUCUAAAUAUGAAGAUGAAAGACGAAGACCCAUAUCAGGUUAAUAGGAUAUUCUGGAGAAGUUGUUCAUUAAUGUUGGGAGCUGUGUGCGAGUCGGCCUUCAGGGACCAUAUUUAUGUUGAGCUGCAUAGUUUCCCAUCACCAAAUGUUCGGUCCGGAAGUUUUGUGUAUGACGUAGAUCUCAAGCUAAAUGGUUGGACUCCAAACUCGGAUGAGACACGACUACUCAGUGCUGAGAUGAUUAAACUCUCCAGGAAAAACCUGCCAAUCGAGCGUCUUGAAGUUGAUGUAGACCUUGCAUCAGAAAUGUUUAAAGAAAACCAGUACAAAUUUCAACAAAUUCCUGGGAUUGCACAGACCUCAAAUAAUGGCAGGACCGUCAGUUUGUACCGUGUUGGCGAUUUUGUUGACAUUAGUAAAGGACCCAUGAUGUCCCAUACUGGACACUUGAAUAAGUGCACCAUAACUGCUGUUCACCAUUUACCUCAGGCGGCAGCGGGGCAGAUCUCAAACACACUGUAUCGAAUCCAGGGGGUCGCACUACCUUCUGGGAUUUUGCUAAAUCAUUUCGCAUACGGAAUAAUUGAGCAAAGGGGACGUAAACUGAAUACGGCAAAAAUUCCUGGUACGGUCCCUGCUAUAACUUCUGUUGAGCCAACCCAGGAAAAGGUUCGUGCCAUAACCAGUGGGGCAUAGACCAUGAAGCUAAUGGAUUGAACUCUGACAACUAUCAAAUAUUACACAAUGUAGAACAGUAAAUAAGCCGAUGUGAAGUUGGUAAUUAAAUUGUGCAUAAUAUAAAUUUGUAUUAUAUUUGCUCUUUUUUUAAACAAGUCAUUUUGUUAAUAUAGUACGUAUAAUUAACAAGGUUAAAAGUUAACAUUUCGCAGUAAAAUACUAUGUAGAAAGAAGAACACAAUAUUAGAAUAAACUAAAACGCAGAAGAGACUUGCACAAACAA